AUGGUGCCCGACACUGACUUCUCCGUGGCGCUGACAAAGCCCCUCGAGGUCGUGCAAAGCAUCUACAACGAUGCAGCGGACAAGUCCCCCUCGAACAUUACCAAACUCGUAGAGACCCACUUUCGUCAACUCUUUGCUUCGCCGGAUGCAAGCGCCAAGAUCCCUUCGCUGUCGCCGGGCAACAUCGACACGUUGCUGCCAGCUCCGAGCUCUGCUGCAGCAACCUCGCAUCGGCUGGUACGCUUCCGCGCAAUGAUCCAAGAUACUGGUCUCGGAACAGAAGUGUUCCUCGCAAAGCAUCAGCAAGGCGAUAGCACAUUCACUGGCCUCUAUGGCGGCGAAGCCAGCAUCUCGAGCUCGAAUGACUCCUCUUUGACCGAUACGAACGAGCUGGACCACCAGAACCUGGCCGAAAGGACAGUCAUGUAUGCCGUCUCGGUACCUGGUCAGUCAGCGUGGGCAGCACAAGCGCAUAGAGAAGCCGUCGCUGGACAGACUUCGAACUCCUCCGUCGACCAAUUGGCUCGUGACACUUCGACCGUCUCUCUCAAAGAUCCGGAGUCGCCCAAGAAGAUUCAAGAGGUCCGCGAGCGUAUCCGCAAAGCAGUCGAGCAGGGCAAGAAGAUCGGCUCAGCAGGCAAGGAGCCACGUUUGGUAGCCAUCUCCAAGCUUCAUCCGCCUUCCGCGAUCCUUGCUGCGCACAAGCAAGCUGAACAGCUCCACUUUGGCGAGAACUACGUGCAGGAGAUGGUCGACAAGGCCAAGGUUCUGCCCAGAGAGAUCCGUUGGCACUUUGUCGGCGGUCUGCAGAGUAACAAGGGUAAGCUGUUGGCCUCGAUCCCCAACCUGUAUCUGCUCGAAACGCUCGACUCGAUCAAGGCUGCCAACGUCCUCCAGAAGGCCCUUGCGUCGCCUGAUGCUGCAAAACGCGACGAGCCGUUGCGCGUCUAUCUCCAGGUCAACACCAGCGGAGAGGACGCAAAAAGCGGCCUCCCUCCCAUCCUGUCCGCUGAUGCCGAGGCAGCCAAGGACUGUCAACUGCUCGAGCUGGCUGUGCACGUUAUUACAAAGUGCCCGAACUUGCGUCUGCGAGGUGUUAUGACCAUCGGUGCAGCCGCUAACAGCUCUAGCGCGGAUGCUGAAGCAGCCAAGAGUGUCGAUGAAAUCGUCUCUGCCAACCCAGACUUCGAAAGGCUCAUCCAGACCCGCCUCAAUCUGAUCAAGCUUCUCCGCGAAAGUGAGCACGUCACGAAUGCGGACGAGUCGCACACCAAGGAGGCAUACGCAGACCUCUUGGACGGUGGUGACGCAUCUGGCGGUCUGGAGCUCAGCAUGGGCAUGUCGGCUGACAUGGACGUAGCUACUAUGGCAGGAAGUGACAAUGUUCGUGUUGGUACGGACUGCUUCGGACGACGCCCUGGCUCAAGGGAGGAAGCCAUGAACAUGAUGAAGCGCGAGCUCGAAGUUGGGCCUGAGGCUGCUGCUGCCGAAUCGCCGAGCCACGAGGGUUCGCAGGAUCAAUCCGCGUUGAAAACCUCCAGCGUGCCGCAAGCGUACCUCGCCAAGUCGCCGCUUCCCGAGUCUGCCCACGUUGGCGGACUGAUCAAGCUGUACGACCUGGACGCAGCAGAGAAGUUCAAAACGACAGAGCUCAUCGAAGUGGUCGGGAUUUUCGACACUGCUGGACUCCCGCAAGCCGAGUGGCAAGAUACCGGCUCUGCUGCUGGCACGUCGUCGGAGCCAGCGCAGGUCCCUUGUGUUCACGCCAUCUGUGCGGCUCCCGCAGAGCUCGACUCCACGGCACCAGAGGCAUCAUCGAGUACACGUACCGACUCGAGCGUCCUGUCGCAAUCUGCGGAAAGGACGGCCUUGAUCGAGUACCUAGCCGGUGCGCUGAGCGGCGACAAGGUAGCUGCUGAGCUCGUUUUGCUCGCCACGAUCGCUCGCAUCCACGUGCGCCGUGCAAGCCUCUGCCUUGGCGCUCUCACACUCAACGUCUCGAACUUUGCAGCACCUUCAACCUCUUCGUCAACGUCCCAGACUCAACUGUCUCGUCGACUGGAGCAACUGCUGCCUGCCGUGGUCGAUGUCUCGAUGGACCUCGCAUCGCUCAACGACGACAAGAAGCCGCUGUAUCCCAAGAGCGGCGGCGGAGGAACAGGACUCGAAGCGGGCCGACUACAGCUGGUGAACGGAACAACCAUUGUCGUCAACGAGGGCGCAAUGGGUGAAGGACAGCUCAAAGACACGGGCAUCCGUAACAUCAAAGCGCUUUCAUCGGUGCUCGAGUCGCACAAACUACCAUACGCCUUCCCCUACUCCGAAUUUGAGUUCGACACGGACCUCAACUCGAUCAUCCUCAGUCAAGGCAAGAGCUUCCUGCCAUUCGACAUCCAAUGUCCUCUCGAGCCAGUCGAUCACUCGACCGAUGCCUACUCGGAAUCUCUCCCUCAGGUCGACGAGUCGCAAGUGCGAGGAUGGAGGAGAGCUCUUUCGCACGCUCGAAGUCUCGCAACCGCCAAGGCGUUCGAGAUUCCGGAGAGCGUCAGCGAGCACAUUCAACAAGAGUUUGUCGCAGAGAGGAAAAGGGAGCAGGAGGAAGCGAAGGACUCUCACGGCGGUGCAGGAGGCAAAGCGGAAGGUGUGUUGGGUCAGGAGGAUCUGUUGCGAAGAAUGGCGCUCGUUCGACUGCUUGCCUUGUCCUACGGCGAGAAGGCGUUGAGCAUCGACAUGUGGAAGAAGGCUGUCGAGCUGGACAAGGUCUUGGCCCAGCGUGUGGCUGCUACGCAAUCAGGGCAGCAGCGUUCCCAGCCUGCUUCUGCUGCCAGCUCUGGCUCUGCUGGUGUCUCUCGCUGA